AUGAGUUGCUGGGCGCCGUUGGCGCGGCUGGGGGCGUGCGCGCCGAGCAACGGCAUUGUGGCGUGUCUGAACGCGUGCGACGGGCCCACCAUCGACUGCUACGACUCCUGCUACGCCGACUCCGGCUGGCUCCCACCGCUCUCCACCGCUGAGCUCAUCGCGUUCCCCAUCUCCGCGUGCUGCCUGCUGGGCAUGUCGCUCGUGAUCUCCUGCAUGAUGUCGUCUACCCUCGGGCUUGACAUGGCCACGUUGCAGGCGGCAAUGGAUGGCGUGGACGAGCGGCUGAGGUGGCAGGCUGCCAAGGUGGCAGCGCUGCGCACACGUGGCAGCCUGCUGCUCACCACGCUAUUGGUCGCCAGCACCAGUGUCAACGUCAGCUUCACGCUCUUUGUCUCAGGUGGGUCUCGAUGGGUCUCAGAUGGGUCUCAGGUGGGUUCAGGUGGGGUCAUCCUCCUCUUCACAUGCAUCUCACCCCGGUCCACUGCUCCCCACCCCUCCCUACCACACUCCUCCCCUGCUCCACUCUCCACCCUCUGCGUGCUGCUCAUCCUGCUCGUCGUGGAGACCAGCUAUUUCAUCCCUCCCACCCUCUUCCACCGCUCUCCACCCCACUACUCCCUCCCAUCCCCUGCUCCAUCCUGUUGUGUGUUGGGCAUGGUGAUGGGAUUCGUCCUCUGCGUGCUCCUCAUCCUCCUCUUCGUCGAAAUCGCUCCCCCCGCCAUCUGUGCGCGCCACUCCCUGCGCAUCGCCUCCGCCACCGCGUGGCUCGCCCGCCUGCUGCUGCUGCUGCUCUCUCCAGUGGCUUACCCGGUCAGCCUGCUGCUGGACCGGUACUUGAACAAUCAAGAAGAUGAGGAAGAGAGCAGCUUGCGACGCGGGCUCCUGUGCGGUGGCUCCAGCUGUGCGGAUCCCUACUGCAUGAAGCACGGCGGGUCAGCGGGCUCCUCCCCUCGCAUCUACAUCACCAACCCCCUCGCCAACCCGCCCUCCCUCGAAUUCCCCGACACCACUGCUUCUGCCCUCGACACUGGGAGCGAGCAGACGGAACAGACGGAGGAGAGGGACGAGGAGGAGGAGGAAGAGGAGGAGAGUGCGGUGUUGUAUUCAGAGGAGAUGGAUUCCAACACCCGCAUGCACAUGGCUGGAUUCGGCGCCAUGCCUCCCAGGUCAGUUCCUCCUCCUUGCCACCAGCCAGGUCAGCUCUUCCCUGCCUCCUCCUCCUCCUCCUCCUCCUCCUCCUCCUCCUCCUCCUCCUCCUCCUCCUCCUCCUCCUCCUCCUCCUCCUCCUCCUCCUCCUCCUCCUCCUCCUCCUCCUCCUCCUCCUCCUCCUCCUCCUCCUCCUCCUCCUCCUUGCCCCCAGCCAGGUCCGGCCCGUACGAUUCAAGUCGCUCCAAGCCUGUCAGUGGCGGCAGCGACUCGCCCCUGCGACGCCGCAUCGAGCAGGCAGCUGAUCGGGCUGCUGCUGCUGCUGGUGCCGGUCCCUCCACGCCUGCUGGUGCCAGCACUGGUGGGGGGGAGAGGGGGAGGAAAACGGAGAGCGGUGCAGUAGGAGAGAGCGGGGAGGAGGUGGUGAUGGCGCUGCCUGUGGGGGAGAGUCAGGAGUAUACGAGUGUGGAGGUCGGGGAGGAAGGGGAGGGGUACAGCACUCGGGAGGAGGAGAGUAGUGAGAAGGUGGGGAGGGGUGGGAGGAGUGGGAGAGGAGGGAGUGGGAGAGGAGGAGGGGAGGAGACGGCGGAGGAGUCGGAUGAAGUGCCGAUGGCACUGCCAACGUCUUCUGAUGAUGUUGAUACGGAGUCAGACGACCAGAGGAGGAACCUUGGACGGUCGACUCGAACAACGGCAGAGGAGUCGGACGAAGUGCCGAUGGCGCUGCCAACAUCUGAUGAUGUUGAUGUUGAUACGGAGUCAGAUGACCAGAGGAGGGAGGAACCUUGGACGGGUGAGUUCAAGGUCUUGGACGGGUGA